CAACAGCAGCAGCUGGUGCAGCCGAGGAGGACGUUACUUUGUUACAGCGGAGCUACCGGGAGAGAAAACGACGGAGCAAAACCUCUCGGAAAAGUGUAAACAGUUUGCUCAACCAAACGCCUGUUGCCCGGAAUUAGGCGAUGGCAGCUGUUUUAUGAAAUUGCCAGUGGAUUUGAACGUUGCCUUUUUGCCGGAAAAAAAAAGGUCUUUCUCAAAGUUGAGCCGAAGAGGAGUUCAGGAUGUCGGGCUGAGACAAAGGGGUCUGGGGGGCAUUCCCGUCGGAGCGGUAAAACUUGAUUCUUGAAACCUCUUCUGGAUGGGAAAGAUGGAGAGGGAGUUGCAAUGGUGGAAAGGACAGCUAGCUGCAGAUAUCCAUCAAUCGCUCCGCAUCAAGGAGCUGAAGCUACCGGUCUACCGAGCCCACUCUCCGCAGAUUGGCAUGCGGCGGUACUUUGCAGACUUGUUGGCCAUCCUGAGUAAUCGCUACCAGCUAUGUCCUACAGCGCGUCACCUAGCCGUCUACCUACUGGACUUGUUCAUGGACCACUAUGAUGUGGCUGUCAAGCAGCUCUAUGUCAUCGCCCUCUCCUGUCUGCUCCUAGCUAGUAAAUUUGAGGAGAAGGAGGACCGGGUUCCCAAACUGGAGCAGCUGAACUCUCUGGGAUUUAUGUGCAGCCUGAACCUGGUUCUCAACAAGAAGGAUCUGAUCAAAAUGGAGCUUCUGCUCCUCGAGACCUUUGGCUGGAACCUGUGCAUGCCCACACCUGCCCACUUUAUUGACUACUACCUCCAUGCCUCGGUGCAGGAGGGCGACCUAUACAACGGCUGGCCCCUCUCCUCCCUCUCCAAGACCAAGGCUUUCAUGGAUAAAUACACUCACUAUUUUCUGGAAGUCUCUUUGCAAGACCACGCCUUCCUGAGUUUCCGACCAUCCCAGGUUGCUGCUGCAUGUGUGGCAGCAUCUCGUAUUUGCCUUCAGAUUUCCCCAAGCUGGACGACUGCUCUGCAUCUACUAACAGGCUACACCUGGGACCACCUCACCCAGUGCAUUGAGCUCAUGCUGCUUGCUCAUGACAAUGAUGUUAAGGAGGCCAACAAGACCAAAUCCACUCCUCCUCACCGGCCCUCCUCUCUGCAGUCUCAUCCCCAGACCUCUCACCUCUCUCCAAUGUCAGCCAUCCAGAGACCAGCCUCUUCCUCUUCCUCCACCUCCUCCACACCACAGCUGCUCUUUCAGCCGAACGGCUUCACACACCUUUCCCAGCAUUCCCCCUCCCUGUCCCAGCUGCAGGCGCUAGCUGACUCCCAGGCUUUGGGGCCUGUGGUGAACAUGUCUCAGGACUUCCUUCAGAGCCACAGGAUGGGUCUCCUAACAGCGGCUCCUUCCAUAACUCCUGGGGUUGGGUUCCCCUCAUACCCAACCCUGACCUCUGGUCUCCAGCCGGGGGCUCGUGCGCUGCCGCUCCAGGGCCCCAUUUCUGUGCAGAUGGCCCUCGCUGCAGAGCCGCGCCACUGUCUGAGCAUGGCCUACGGUGGGGGCUACCUGGGGGCUCAUCACACUUUCACAGCGGGCUGCUUUGACAGGUGACGCCAGGAGACGGAGAGAGAAGACAAACCCCUGCGGGAGUGCACUGCUAUGCUUCCGACCCAAUUCCCUACCCCGAAUUAUCAUUUUACAGAUCUCCUCUCUCUCUCCGUCAGCUCUGCAACUUCUUCAGCUUGUCCAACUCCCCCGUCCCUCACACAGAGACGCCUCAAACGCAAGCAGAGGUCCAAAGGCAAGACGGACCCGGUGGAAGUCAUCACACUGACAUGACAAAUGCUCCACCACCUUGAAAUACUGAGGCAUUGCAAAAAUGUUAUUGCCAUAUUCUGAACUGGUUUUAUAAAUCUGUGUUAUUAUGAGACUGUCAUCACUGUGAAUGAGAUGAAAGCAGCAGUGUGAUCUAACACCCACCUCAUUCAGUGCCUGUUCUCAGUCGUGUGAUAACUGAGACAAUUUUAGAAGUGUACAGUACACAAAGUAUCUGUGAUGAGGAUAUCUUGCUGCUUGACAUGAUUUAUUUCUAAUCCCAAAAAUUGAACACAUUUUUUUUUAGAGAGGAAAAUUUGGCUGGUGUUUUUUCUUGAGCCACGAUUUGAGAGAGAAAGAAGAAGAAAUAGGCCUAGAGGCUUAUCACUGCAAGCAUUGACCUAACUCCUGUAGUAUCUGCUGGAGCUGAAGGGCCCCUCUGGGAAUUCCUCACCAGAUAAACCCUCGGAGGGAACAAAGAAUUAAUUGUUUUGAGCACAGCAGGUGAAGUCCGCAGCUGGAACGCGUCUGCGGUGUUUCGUUUUUUUUCUUUCCUCCUCUCUGCCCUCGUCAUCUCUUCUCUCCCAUCUCCAAAGUCGAGCCUUGUGGCAGAGCCGUCAAACACCCGGGUGAGAAUGUGUCUUUCUGGCAGCUGCAGGCUUUGUCAUACUAAAGUUUUAAUUUCAGUGUCCCCGGCACCACUCAAAGAAUUGAACACAAACUGAUGUGACUGGACCAGCAUGGUGAAGGAGACGUGGACGUAGUUAGUCUAUUGUACAUAUGAAUUGCUGCUGCCUUCUUACGAACUGUUGGUUCUGUGUCUGUGUUAAUGACUCCAAUGUUUACAUGAACCACUAAGUAUCAGGGACUUGAACAAGAUUACUUGAAUAUGAUGCCAUUGAAACAUGCCAUAGCUUUUAUUUAUGAUGACCUGUUUCUUUCUUAUUUCAUUUUUGUUUGAUUAUAGUGUAGCUUUUUAUACCAACUUAGAAACGCACCAUUGAUUAAUUAUGGUUUUCUUUGUACCUGUUCAUAGAAAUUGUUUAUUCAGGCUCAGGAUUCAGGGCUGAAACUAGCAGCCUUCUCAUUAUUCUGUGCUAUUAUGCUUUAAAGUGGAUGCUAUUGCAGCAUCUGGGGGCUGGAAUAUUCCCCUUCCUCAUCACUGGAACUUACUCUGCUGACAAGUCAGUAACUGAAUGCAUCGUAGAGGAACAACCUCGUGGUCACUGGUUUCACACAUCUGUGGGCAGUCGACAGUAAUUGCUUCCCAAUCCCCAAUCUUCCACUUCCUGUUAACGUAUAAACACAUCCAGAUUCCCAGUGUCGGUCACAGGGGUUGCCUACUGGUUACCAUGGUGAUACCUUAAAUGACAGUGGACCCCAGGUUCUGGGAUGUUGUUGACCGAAUUGGGACUGAAUUAGAGGUGAAACUAAAGAAUCUUCAUUACUGAAUUAAUUGUUUUUUUGUCUUUAAAAAAAAAAAAAAAAAGAUACAAUAAUUCAAAAUGCAAUGUUGUUAUGUCCCACAACUCAAUGUGAUAUAUCCAAAUGGCUUGUUUUAUUCGACCAGCAAUCCAAACCCCCAAAAUAUUCAGUUCACUAUCACUUAUGAUGUACAAAUGUGACAAGUAUCACAUUUUCCCAUUUGAGAAGCUGUAUCCAGAGAAUUUCUUGAAAAAUGACCACAGUAAAACAAUUGUUUGCUGUGGAUAAUCUAGUCAAUGAAUCCACUAAUCCUUGCAGCUCUACUGUGGACCCCAACUUGUGGGAUGUUGUUGAAUGAAUUCAAACUAUUUUGCUGUGGACGUUGCACAUCUUAGGAUGUUUUGCCUUGUCCUCCGCAGUUCUCAGAUAACACUACAUGACGCCCUCUGAAACAAACCAUCAAACGUUUUACAGCUAGACAUCCGUUGGUUUUCCUGCCACUGAAAAGGACAUGAACUAUACUAUGCCUUUUUUGUUUGAACUUUUUAUGUACAGUUUUGUUACAUUUUCUUUUUACAUUCCUUUUCAGUGUAUUUUUAGUUAAAGCUUUUUGUGAUUCUCCUGAUGGAUGCCGUUGGUGUGAACUAGAUUUUUUGUUUUUAGAGUUCAACUUGCUCUUUUCCUCAUUAUUCAUGAGCAACUUCUCACUGAGGUGUCAAAGGUGCAAUACGUUGUUUUUCUGUUUAAACUGACCACAGCCAUCACUGUCUCGUGUACACCACUGGUUCAUCUUUUGUAACUUAUUUUUGAUAAUUGUGUGAUUUGACUUGCUGUAGUGUGAUCUCCUCUAGAGGGCAGCGGGCUCUAAACACACAGAAUAUGUUGCAUAUUGCAGCCGCCUCCUUUGAGGGAUAGAUAUUAUUAUACUGAAUGCUUUUGUCUUUUAGCUAGAGAUUUCUCCCUCCUGUGAAAGGUGCUGAGGUCACUCACACCAAACAACACUUGUCCAAUGUAAUAGUAAUGAAACCACAAACUUCCAAUUUAUAUUUUUGUAUUAUUUUGUACCAAUUUGUAGUCUUGGUUUAUGUGACACUGAAUGACAGAAGGAAUUCUUUAAUCAUAAUGUGCCACGGAAUAAUAAACACAAGUGAACUGAG